GAGUAUGCAGACAGGAAAUCUCUCCGCUAUUGGUUAAACACUCCUUACUGGAGGAGAAAGAAAGACGGAUGCGUAAUUAUGCACGAUAUUGCCAAAGGAUUAGAAUACUUACACGAAAAAAAGAUAAUUCACAGAGAUUUGAAACCUGAAAAUGUAGUCCUUCUUACUAAAGGGAGUUAUACUGUUGUAAAAAUUUGCGAUUUCGGUCUGGCUGUCAUACAAAGUGAUGGGGACUAUGGGUCGUUAACGAGUCAUGUGGGGACUUCAGGAUAUGCAAGUCCUGAAAUGGAUGGUGGAAAAUAUACGGAUUCUGUCGACAUUUAUGCGUUGGGUGUAAUUAUAACGGAAAUUUACGCAGCCUGUAAUUCCACCUUGGAAGAUGCUACAGGAAUAUUUUUGUCGUAUCUCAUGGAAUCAGAAAAUUAUCCGUUGCAUCCGGUUCAAUUCCAGCUACAGUUUCCGCACCUAUUAACCCCUCAAGAGGCCAUACUGCCCACCCUAAUGACAUCUCCUGACCCUGAACUUAGACCAUCCGCUAAAACUGUGCUAUCACAUUUAUUCUCCAUGUAUGCUGGACCUUCUCUAAUAGAGUUGCAUAAACCCCAGCCUUAUUACGACUACACGCCAGAAAAGCUCCAAAUUAACGGCACUCCUCAACAAUUCCUAACAUCCACAGAAAUAAUACCAAUCGCCAUCCAUAAGAAACUAAUUCCCCUCCUCGUUACAAAAGUUGUGCUUCGUCAUGUCAAAAUGGACCCAUCCUCCAUUAUGGAAAUGGUGAAACCGUUUAAAAAUUUGGAAUAUUUUUUCGUUCAUGGCGAAAAUAUGAAUCCCGACCAAGUCUCGUUUUUUAAGUCUGCCGUCAAAAUAGCUGAUCAUCAUAACAAGGGGCCCGAUUGGUAUUUGGCUCCAGAUCUUAAUCCUCACCCGAACCUGAAACACUUUACCUUUCACCAGCUAAAUUAUAGCGACAGUUUGUUAAAUUAUGCCGUCUUGAAACGUCUCAUGCUAACAAAUGUCAUGUUUUUCAUUCCCUGGCCAUACAAUAUGAAUCACCUCGUGAGAAAUAGGAUGCACAUCGAUAUAAAAUUUGGGACAGAUUUAAUCGUUAAUAUUAAUCCGGAAAAGGAUCAUUUUUAUAUAAAUGGGGAAGCAAGUUCUAAUUUGAUCUCGCUCUUAGUAAAUAUACCGUUUAAAACGGUGGAAAUUAAUAAUCUAAAUCCUAAAUUUACGCUUGCUGAUUUAAUGGAGCAACAAAAUUUGAUUAGGAAUGGUAACUACAUUUUACCGCCGGUGGAAGUUAGUUUAGAUGGACUUUCAAAAAUUCAUUUAAGAAAGCUAGUUUUGACAAAUACCACGGUUAAUUUACUAGGAAAUGGACUAUUUUUUGAAAGCUUUGAGAAUCUGGAAGAAUUAGAAUUUGAAGGGGAGCAGUUUUGUAUCACAGCAAACAGUAGACGACCUUUUGAAUUUAUUCACAUACCAAAGAAAUUGAAGAGCUUGAAGUUGGCGUUUGUCAAUAUUUUACCCCCAAGUGAACUUUGGGUGAGUCAAAUACCGUCGGUAAUCACAUUGGAAUACUUACAAUUUACCCAAUGUUACUUUCCGCCACAAUUUGAAGAAAUGCUUCUGGACUAUUUUAACGUGGAGAGUCUAUCAAUUUCAAAUAAUGAUUUAAAACAAAGACCAAAUUUUAAUUGGUUAUGGAGUCUGAGAAAAAUGAGAAAUCUCAAGAAAUUAAUGUUAUAUGAAUUUGAAUGGAUUGAUGGUGCUGAUGGAAUCCAAGAUUUCGUACAAGAUACAAUCUUACCUGUAUUUAAAUCGUAUAAAAUUCCGACGGAUUGUGCAAAUUUAGAAUUUUCCCGUUCUUUCGAUAUACUCCAGAAACACCCAAAUUUUUCCUUUUCCGUAUCACAAAUUUCUCUGGAUGAAAUUCACAAAGAAUUGAGAAAGAAAGAUCCAGUUGCAAAGGAAGACACCCUAAUUACUGAUGGCCUCUGUUUCGUACCCUCCUUCUCAGUCCCAGGAUAUCAACAGGUAGACGAUAAAUUAGAUUUAGCCAGUCCUUCGCAAUAUUAUUUUGAUGGAGAUUCGGAAAACAUGUGGAAAUUACCUAAAGACCAGAUUCAGUUUCCUCCCCCGAAAAAACUUAAGGAUAAAAAAGUUAAGGAAAUUGUCAUUAAAAAUGCAACCAUUGGAAAUAUUGCACUUCAACUUAUGGGUUGCAAUUUGUUGGAAUCUCUCUUCCUGGAGAAUGUAGUAUGGACGGCACAAACAAAGAUAAAGACGGACCUUGUCUCACUUAAAGUUUUCAAGUAUUUUGAAAGAUAUCUAGUUGUAGGAAAUAUGGAUCGUCUUUCGUGUGAUAAGCUAAACGACAUUUUGUUCUUUUCUAAGGAUGGGUAUACAAAUUUUUGGAAGCGUGACAUCAACAUCGUAAUUUCUUUAAGUGACCAAUUGAACGUAAUUCUGAACCAUGACCUGGGUGAGGUCACGGUACAAAGUGUGAAACAGGCUGAUGACCUCUUGGUCAAAUUGGGCAUUCAGACAGAAAGUGUCUCAUCCUUAAUUUUAAAUAAUUGCAACCUUCCUCACAAUUUGAUUCCGUCACAUUUGACGUCACUAAAUAUUCGGCACGUUGACGACGUGCUGUUCGAACAUUUGGUUACUCCACCGAAUAGAUUUCCAAAUUUGAAAAAUCUUUACUAUGAAGCUCACCGGAAUAAUGUGCAAGAUUUAGACAUGUCACAAAUUCCACAAAAUUUAGAAAAUUUACUGAUCGGUGGAAUGUCUGUGACUACUUUGGCAAGCGUUACUUGUAAAAAUCUAUCAUUUUCAAAUUGUACUUUCUGUCCCGAAUUUUUUCAAAGUUAUCCUCAGUUUUUAAAAGUGGAGAAACUUAUCUUUUUCGGAGGUCCGACCAGAACUCCGAAUGCGGAAGAGGUUUCUUCCCUAAUAGAGGAUAAGAAUUUAAUUUGGGUCGCUUUCAUACUUUUUGAUCCAAGCGAUGAGCACACAAUUGUCUAUGACCGUGAAAACAAACAGAAAUUGAAAACGUUUAUUGAGAGUGAAGAAGAAAGAGAAAAAUUUACAAGAAUUAUUAAUUGGUUAAAAUCAAGAGCUGAGUUUUGGAAUAGGGAGAAUGAGAAUCGUUUAAGCUUCGGAUCGAAACAAUUUUUAUUGCAGAGGAAUACCGUUCAGGAUGAGUGGAAAUGUGUGAUGGAUAAACGAGACGAGUAUUUUUUAUAUCCUGAGGUAAAAAAAUUGUCAGGACGGGACAAAUUGGUAUUAUAAUAAGAAUUUGCAAUGCAUAGAGAAAAUAAAAUUACUUUAAUU